UUCUAAUUAGUUCACACUCACUCUUCGACUUAACAACUCAUACACUUCAGCAAACAUGUGCAGUGUACGUUUUAUUGUCACUUUUGUAACUAUGUUGCAUUUAGUUUUUGGUAAACACCAUAAUUAUCAUCAAUAUUCUAAAAUAGACUACACGAAAACUAAUCUGGAAUUAUCUAAAGAUAUGAAUGUUGAUGGCCCUAACCAAUUAUUCGAAAACUCCCCACCGAUUUCCAAUAACUAUAAAAUCUAUAGAGACCAAAAAUGCACCAUUGUUAUGACAAAGGUUAAAUUACAUAAAUUUAAGUCUGACAAUAUUGAUCCACCUUUUAUGAUAAUUAAACAAUGUGGGGGAUGUUGUUCCCGCCCUGAUGAAGCUUGUAAACCUUCAAAAAAUGAAACAAAACAAAUACCCGUUAAAAGAAAUGGUAAAGAAGAAAUAAUAGAGGUCGAAGAACACCUCGAAUGUAAAUGUUUCCCUAAGUCCUGUCCUGAAACCAAAAAACUAAAUAAAUCUGGCGAAUGUGUAUGCAAGAUUAAAAACUGUGAAGAGAAUAGAUAUUUAGACAAUGAUGAUUGCACCUGUAAAUGUAUAACAUGUAGUACAAAUAUGGUAUCAGAUAAGAACACAUGUGAGUGUCAUCCAAAACACAGGGGAAGGAUGUGGAAUCACCAUCACGUUCAACCAAAAUAUUAAUUUGAAAUUUGACUGUAAUAAACAUUCUUUUAUGUAUAUACAUUUUAUGCUAGUCUAAAAAUCACACAUUAUGAUAUGUACAUAAUCAUUCUUUCGUAU